AUGUCUUUACCCUCAGACUUUCUGUGGGGGUUUGCUACCGCAUCCUUCCAAAUCGAGGGCGCCACCAAACAGGACGGCCGAGGCCCAUCCAUCUGGGAUACCUUCUGUGCUGUGCCGGGAAAGAUUGCACACGGCGCUAAUGGUGACAUUGCCUGCGAUUCAUAUAACAGAACUGCGGAGGAUAUUGAGCUUUUGAAGAAGCUUGGGUCCAAGUGCUAUCGUUUCUCCCUGUCGUGGUCCCGUAUCAUCCCGCUUGGUGGUCGAAAUGAUCCCAUCAACCAGAAGGGUCUCGACCACUAUGUCAAGUUUGUGGACGAUCUCCUCGAGGCCGGCAUUACACCGUUCAUCACGCUCUACCACUGGGAUCUUCCUGAUGAGCUGGACAAGCGAUAUGGUGGUCUGUUGAACAGGACCGAGUUCCCGUUGGACUUUGAGAACUAUGCUCGCGUCGUCUUCAAGGCCAUUCCAAAGUGCAAGAACUGGAUCACAUUCAAUGAGCCCUGGUGCAGCUCCAUCCUGGCCUAUAGCACUGGUUUCUUUGCUCCAGGACAUACAUCGGAUCGAAAGAAGUCUCCCAUCGGUGACAGCUCUCGAGAGCCGUGGAUUGCUGGCCACAACCUGCUAGUCGCCCAUGGAAGAGCCGUCAAGGUCUACCGCGAGGAGUUCAAGCCAAAUGACAAGGGCCAGAUUGGUAUCACUCUGAACGGUGACUACACCUACCCCUGGGACCCAGAAGACCCGGCAGACGUGGAGGCAUGCAACCGAAAGAUUGAGUUUGCCAUCUCGUGGUUUGCCGAUCCCAUCUACUUUGGCAAGUACCCGGACUCGAUGCUCAAGCAGCUUGGGGACCGCCUCCCCACAUUCACAGAUGAGGAGCGCGGGUUGGUCCAGGGCUCGAAUGACUUCUACGGCAUGAACCACUACACGGCCGACUACGUCAAGCACAAGACUGGCACCGCACCGGAAGACGACUUCCUCGGAAACCUGGAGACGAUGUCGUACAACAAGGCGGGAGACUGCAUCGGCCCCGAGACACAGUCGUUCUGGCUGCGGCCCAACCCAGAAGGUUUCCGUGCGUUGAUCAACUGGCUGAGCAAACGUUACGGAUACCCGCCAAUCUACGUCACUGAGAAUGGCACCAGUAUCAAAGGGGAGAACGAUCUGCCAAAAGACGACAUCCUAAAGGACGGUUUCCGUACCAAAUACUUCCACGAUUAUGCACAUGCUUUGGCAGAUGCAGUCUCCAAAGAUGGUUGCAACGUCAAGGGUUACAUGGCAUGGUCGCUGAUGGACAAUUUCGAGUGGGCUGAGGGUUACGAGACACGAUUUGGCUGCUGCCACGUUGACUACGAGAAUGGCCAGGUCAGAACACCCAAAGAGAGCGCCAAAAAAAUGAAGCCGCUAUUCGACAGCUUGAUCGCGAAGUCAUAG